AUGGAUGAACAAAAACAUAAAAUUUGUAUGGUAUCCGAUUUUUUCUAUCCAAAUAUGGGAGGCGUAGAGGAGCACAUUUUCAAUUUGUCUCAAUGUUUAUUGGAUCGUGGACACAAGGUGGUUAUCCUGACUCAUUCUUAUGGUAAUAGAGUUGGAAUACGGUAUAUGACAAAUGGAUUAAAAGUCUAUUAUUUACCAAUUAAAGUAUUCUACAAUCAAUGUGUCUUACCUACCAUGGUCUGCUCCAUUCCACUAAUUAGAUAUAUUUUUAUAAGAGAGCAAAUUGAAAUUGUACAUGGUCAUUCGGCAUUUUCAGCUUUAGCGCAUGAAGGGAUGUUAAUCGGUCAUUUAAUGGGAUUAAAGACUGUUUUUACAGAUCAUUCGCUAUUUGGAUUUGCUGAUGCGUCUGCUGUUUUAACAAAUAAGUGUCUGGAAAUAUCUCUAGCUGACUGCGAUCACUGUAUAUGUGUUUCUCAUACGGGAAAAGAAAAUACUGUUUUAAGAGCUAAAGUUUGUAAAGAUAGAGUAUCUGUCAUACCAAAUGCUGUAGACACAGCUUUAUUUACUCCCGAUAUUAGUAAAAGAAACAAAGAUUACCUUACAAUAGUCGUAGUGUCUAGAUUAGUAUAUCGAAAGGGUGUAGAUUUUUUGGCAUAUAUAAUACCAGAAAUAUGCGCACGCUAUGAAAAUGUGCAAUUCCUCAUUGGAGGUGAUGGUCCCAAAAGAUGGUUGAUAGAGGAAAUACGAGAAAGAAAUUUGUUGCAACAUAGAGUGACAUUAUUAGGAAGCUUGGAACAUUCACAAGUAAAACACUUACUGAACAAAGGCCACAUAUUUCUUAAUACAAGUCUCACCGAAGCUUAUUGCAUGGCUAUAGUUGAAGCUGCGUCAUGUGGCUUACAAAUAGUUUCAACCAAAGUUGGUGGAAUUCCAGAAGUGUUACCACCGGAUCUAAUUUAUUUGGUUGAACCAAAUGUUUCUGCUUUAAUCGAAGGCCUCGAGCAUGCUAUAUCAGAUCACCAUGCUGGUAAAGUACUUUGUCCUACUGAAAUACAUAAAAGAAUAGGUUCGUUUUAUAACUGGCACAACGUUACCAAAAGAACAGAAGUUGUUUAUAAUAGUGUUCAGAACAAGGAGAAGAGGAAUAUAGGAAAACAACUUUCAAGUUAUGUAAGGAGUAAUGUUUGGCCUUAUCUUUUAGUUGUAUCCUGGUGCUAUAUUGUUCUCUGUUUCUUGGAGUACUUUGUGCCUCGUAAGUUCAUCGAUAUAGCAAAAGACUACGGAUGCAACGACAAGCUAUGUGAUAUCAAGAAAUUCAAAGUAGGAAAAAGCAAUUUGGAUGAAGAUUAAGUUAAUUUUAACUUAGAUCUUAUAGCGAAGAUAAACGAACAGAAAAAUCAUGAAUCAAUAGGUAAAUAAAUUAGUUCGCGCUAGGAAGAAUAAAUAGAAUUAGUUGAAGUAUCAAUUUAAAAUU